AGCUCUGAGUCAUAUUAUGACUGGCUCUCCUCAGCCCCUAGAUUUCGCACCAAAGUGAUGCAGUUCAGCCUGGAUUGCUGCGCUUACAGCCAGACCUGAGCUUACAGAACACCAAUUGAACUGUGCCUUAAGCAAAAUGACUCGUCAGCAGAAGUUGACUCCAAAGGAUCCAAAUCUCGGCACAAAAUUGCAAAAACGACCCCACAAUGAAGUGCGUGGAAUCUUCCCCAAAGGAUCCUUAGAAGAAAUGGUUGAUUCAUGUAACGACCCUGUUCUUGGUAUACAGUUUGUAUAUAAGGAAGUGAUACACGGCAAAGAGAAAUUCACCUGCCAGCUUUGUCAGAAAUCAUCUGAUGUGACAAGAAUUAAGACUUCAAGAAUGUUUGAACAUUUGACUUCCUUAUCCCACAACAGGAAAUACAUGGAAAUAAAGUUUGGACAUACGAAGGACCUUUUGCUGCACUUUAAGGAUGAAGCUCGUCAGAUUGAAGAGCGCGAAGGAAAAAUUCACCAACCCAUCAUUGACUUUACACAUCAGUUACCACCAGACCUGAGAGCAGACUUGGGCGGCUACACCCACAGUCCUAACCAGUCCAGCAGCCAGUCACGGAGGCAUCGAUCUAGAAGUCGUUCACACAGUCGUAGAUCAAGAAGUUUGUCCAGAGACCGAGACUCUAGAAGUCAUUCACGCAGUCGCUGCUCUAGAAGUCCCUCACGUAGUCGACGAUCUAGAUCUCGAUCCACUAGUUCCACUUCUAGAAGUUCAUCGAUCAGUCCAGAAGAAUCCAGAACUUCCACUGGCCAUGCCUCGAGGGUCCACUCCAAAGACAGAAAAGCAGAGAGUCCUUUUGAUAAAGCAGAUGCUGUUCCAGAACAGAUCCCACUUCCUCCUCCUCCACCACCUCCUCUUCCUCAGAAACCGCAAACAGCAGAGGCUGAAGUAGAGGUUGACAUGCAUGAAGAUCCAAGACCAAUUUUAGAUGAAAUAAAGCUACUACACCAGAGUGACUGCAAAGACAUGCUGCUAGAAGAUACUGACAUGCAGGCAUGUAUGAUCCAGACUCUCUGGACACUAAACCUCAAGCUGGACAAAUAUUAUAAUCGUAGUGGCACCACAUACAGGUUGCAUGAAGACAAAGAGGUGAUACUUAUGUCGGAUGUAACAAACAAGCUGAAGGAUUAUAUAAAACAGCUGAUUUUGAUUCCUCCAGAGUCACACUAGCUCUAGUAAUCAGUUGCAAGUAUUUUUUUUUUUUUUUUACUUUUUUCUUUCUUCCUCUCCCUUCCCUUUUGUUUUUAUUCAGUUCUAUAGAUUCAUAAAUGUGAGGAUUGAUUCAUCAUUAUAAUCAUCAUUACACACCAAGUUGUAUGUAUUACAUUAUUCAGGUGUAUAAUGUGUUUUUUUAAUCACUGAUUACAGAAAGGUAAUGGAGAUUUAUUCUUCUCAGAAUCAAUUGAUUUCAUUUGUUUUCUGAAAACUGAAUUAGUUUGAUUUUAAUUUUUUUUGUACUCAAACAUGAACAGUGUCUAUGAGCAAGAAUCAGUGUAUUGUUGAUAUGUAUUCAUAAAGUAGUAGUAUUGAACAGAAUGGAUUGAAAAAAAAUGUGAUAUGGAUGAACGUGUCAGUUCUUUGACAAAAUUAUUGCAUUUAUUAUUAGAGAAAUUUUGCAGAUUAUGCUGUAUGUACCAUGUUUAUAUGAUAUAAAUAUUUGACAGAAAAUGUUUAUUGUGUUUAUCCAUAUGAAUGUAUGGAUGUCUGAUGCAUUAUGGAGCAUCUGUUAUGAAUAAAUUGUACCUUUAUGACUCCAAAAGCGGAUGUGUUGAUUCUUUUAGAAUAUUGUCCUUUAGCGAUUUAGAUUUUGUUUGAUUUUUUCUUAUGUUCUUUUUCUUUCUUUCUUGUUAUUUAUCUUGAUCUUUUCAUAUGGCAAUGUAGACUGAUGUUCUUUUUUGUCAAAAAAUAUAUUUUUUAAAAACUUCUGAUGUGAUAGUCUUUUAUACAUUAUAAAAUCUUAAGAUGAUCUUCAAAUAUUGUAACUGGUAGUUUUGAUAUGUAUUUUAAUUUCACUGUAACUGCACUGUGUUAUAAAGGUAUUAUUGAUGAUAAUGAUAUUUAGAAACUGAUGUUGCUUUGUGUAUGUAUGCACAAUGAAGUUUUUUAUUUCAGUCUGAAAAAGCAAAUAAACAGUUGAAUUUUC